CAACAUUUUAAACGCGAAUGUCUUACCUCUUUAUGAAAUCGCUUUUUCUUCGAAAGACUCUGUUCAUUCUUUGCAAAGUUAUAUGUAAUUUUAUCGCGUCUUAUCGACAAUGAUGGGUCGAUGAAAAGAAGAAAUGAUUUAGAUAGUCCUUAUCCUUGGUGCGCAAGCGUCUUAAGUGAAUUUGGGGGUAAUCGUAGUCGAAGGUGAAGAAAGUGAAUUAAACAUUUUAAGAUAAGAGCGACACGAAGGAUAUGGAAACCCCGACUCAGAACACGAGUGAUUAUGUGCUUCACCUUCCACACUCACUCACUCUCGAAGAAAAGAAAUACCUAUUGGCUGUGGAGAGAGGUGAUUUAUCCAACGUGAAGAGAUUUCUCCAGCUUGCAAACAAAGGCAAACUGGACGUGAAUUGCGUGGAUAGUCUAGGUCGCGGUGCUCUCACGCUGGCUGUAGAAGCGGAAAAUUUAGAAAUGGUCGAACUGCUCAUCGUGAUGGGAGUCGAAACUAAAGAUGCUCUGCUUCAUGCCAUCGAUCAGGAAUUCGUAGAAGCGGUGGAGCUGCUGUUGGAGCACGAAGAACUCCUUACGAACCAAAUUACUAAAGAUUCUGAAACGCAAAUCAUACACAGCUGGCAGAAGGUUGAUCUAGUGUCAGCCAAAUUCCCGAUAGACAUGACACCUCUGAUACUCGCAGCGCAUCGCAAUAAUUACGAAAUCUUGAAGCUUCUACUGGAUAGAGGAGCUACCUUGCCAAUGCCGCACGACGUGAAAUGUGGCUGUGACAAUUGUCUUCAGGCAACAACUGAUGAUCCAUUAAGAUUGUCGUCUACUAGAAUCUCCGAAUAUAAGGCUUUGGCGAGUCCAAGUUUAAUAGUUCUCAGCUCGACAGAUCCUUUAAUGACAGCUUUCAAAUUAAGCUGGGAACUUAGGCAAUUGUCUAUAUCUGAACCAGAGAGUAGAGCCGAAUAUUUAAAACUACGGCGGCAGGUAGAAAAAUUUGCUGUCGAUUUAUUGCAACAUGUCCGGACUACCACGGAACUAGAUACCAUUCUAAACUACGAUCCCGAGGAAGAGAAUGCUGAGCUUAGCAAACAACUAGCUCGUCUGGAGAAAGCUAUAGAAUAUAAGCAAAAAAGAUUCGUUUCGCAUUCUCAUGUUCAGCAACUAUUGGCAGCGAUCUGGUAUGAAGGGGUUCCCGGAUUCCGAAGAAUGUCACCUAUACAGAGAGUUGGCAUUCUUGCAAAGACGGCAAUAUUAUUUCCAUUCUAUUGUAUCGUGUACUAUUUGAUGCCGCAGUCGAAAAUGGGACAACUCGUGCGAAGACCCUUCAUGAAGUUCUUGGUCCAUGCGUCGUCCUAUUUAUUCUUCCUAUUUGUACUCAUGCUGGUGUCGCAGCGUGCGGAAGUGAAGAUCAUUAGGCUCUUGGGUUCUCAGGAAAUGAAGAGAAACCUCGAGACUUACUUGGAUCGACAAAGGGGCGCGGUGCCCUCUCCUCUGGAAGGUAUCGUCGUGUUAUACGUUUUUGGAUUCUUAUGGGAAGAAACGAGAGAGGCUUACGUAGACGGUCUGAGGAGUUACUUGCGGGACAUGUGGAAUUUCAUCGACUUCACCAGAAACACGCUCUACUUGGCGACCGGAAUUCUCAGAUUAGCCGCUUAUCUUCAGCAGCGCGCUGAAAUAGAAAUGAAUCCGUCAGCCGCGCUAAUACCAAGAGAGAACUGGAGCGACUUCGAUCCACAACUGAUUGCGGAGGGUCUUUUCGCGGCUGCGAACGUUUUCAGUGCUUUAAAACUUGUCCAUCUUUUCAGCAUUAAUCCCCAUUUGGGACCACUUCAGAUAUCGUUGGGCAGAAUGGUAAUCGACAUCGUGAAAUUCUUUUUUAUUUAUACUCUGGUGUUAUUCGCUUUCGCCUGUGGCUUAAACCAGUUGCUGUGGUAUUUUGCGGAACUGGAAAGGCAAAAGUGUUAUAACGGAAUGUCGGAUCCCUCAUGGGACGCCGGCAGUGACGCCUGUUUAAGAUGGAGAAGAUUUAGCAAUCUGUUCGAAUCGUGUCAAAGUCUUUUCUGGGCUAGUUUCGGUAUGGUCGGCAUCGAAAGCUUCGAACUAACUGGAAUCAAGUCGUACACUCGAUUCUGGGGCUUGUUGAUGUUCGGAUCAUAUUCCGUGAUCAACGUGAUUGUCCUGCUAAAUCUACUGAUAGCUAUGAUGAGCAACAGCUUCACCGUUAUUGAGGAACACGCCGACACGGAGUGGAAAUUCGCGAGAACAAAGUUAUGGAUGAGUUACUUCGAGGACAGUGGAACCCUUCCGCCACCCUUCAAUAUCUUCCCGCCGCCGAAAUUACUUUUCCGAUUGUUUGGUCUGCAGAAGAAGCAUAUUGGUAGACGGAGUAGUCAACGUCGACGUGCACGCGAAUAUAAAUACGAAACAGUCAUGAGGGCUUUGAUAUGGCGCUACAUUGUAAAUGCGCACAGUGAGCACGAGAUGGAACCUGUCACUGAAGAUGAUGUUCACGAACUUAAGACCGACUUGUCGUCUUGGAGAUGCGAACUUCUGGACAUCCUUCACAAAAAUGGCAUGGACAUCGGCGAAGCCAACAAAAAGGAAAAGACUGUACUGGGUAAGAAGAUGAAGAUCUGGGAGAGAAGACUCAUGAAAGAUUUCCAAGUAACAGGUCCAGUAAACUCGGACGUUUCUCAAGAAGAGAUAACUCUUCAACAAUCCGAAGACGAGAAUAACAUCGAGAGAUGGAAGAGAAUCGCUAGAUUAGCUGUACUGACUUCAGCCGAACACCGUUGGAGUCAAGUUGUGAAAAACGUAAUUAAAAGCUCUCAAAUCGGCAAAAGCUGUAGCAAAGCAUCGCUCCAAAGUCAGCAAAGUCUGAAGAGAGCAAUAGAAGAAGCAAAACGUAUAGUGCAGAAAAGCCCGCUGCCGCCAGAUGUGCCGAUUGAAUUGCCGGAAACUACGGCGGCGACAAUAUUGCACGUACUGCACAAUAUUGUUGAGGACAAUGAUGAUGCUAAAGCAUCACGACUCAGAAGAGACAGAACUCCAGAACCAACUAAAAGCGAGGUCAAAUUUACAUCUUCAGUCGAUUUCAUUGAUGAAAAUAUAACGAAGACUACAGCACCGUUAUUACCACGUCGUUCAUCUCCACCGCGAGUAAUCAAGAAGAAGGCAUCUAAUCAGCUCGAACAAUUGCCAACUUCUACUAAAUCCACGGCUAUCGCAAGCGUUACUUCAAUUGUCCCUAAAACAUCCAUUACUACUGUUGCUACAACUACUACAGCUGAUACAGCACCCAGGAUUGUCAUGACAAUUCCUGCAACGUCUGCCGUUAUGAAGACUACUUCUGCCAAGCCCAUCACUACUACCACCACCACUACUACUACUACUACUACUACUAUUGCUACUACUACCGCUCGUGCCAACAAUAAUAAAGAUGAUGAUCAAGUAAUUACUCCAAGUAUAUCGAUGAGAAAAGCAUGGCUUUAAGUGAAAGCAAAAAAAUAAUUAAUUUUAAGCCAAUAUUAGAGAUUAAAGAAUAAGAUUCUUACAAUUACACAUGAUAUGGAAACUCAAAAAAUUUUUUUACAAUUUCAACAAAAAUUAGAUUAAAAUAUUCAAUGGAAAUAUUAUUUUCUACUCUUAAAGUUCUAAUAAAGAAAGCAUGGCGGUCAUGAAAUAUAUCUAGAGUAAGAAAUUCACAAUAAGUGAAAUAUUGAGAAAUAUUUUAUAGUACGACCUUUUGCAAACUGUUAAUACAAAUUUGAGAAUUAAUAAUUUGAGAAAAGUACCUUUUUACAUUGUUAAUAUGAAAUAUGGAAAAGAAUGUACGUUACAGUAUUAAAAAGAAAAAGAAGCAAUUGUAUGUUACGCUAUUAUGUGUAUCAAAAUAAUUUUUGAAUGAAGAAAUAAUAGUUGGACUAUAUCACAGAUACUUGUUAAAUUAUUAUAGAAUUUUAUAAUCUGUCAAGAUAUAUUUUCACAUUGAAUUUCUAAAUUUAGCGUCGGCGUUUCGAAAUAAACAACAGAUAAAAAAAUAAGCACAUUUUUAAAUGUAUUAUUUAAUUAUCUGUUAUAAAUAAUGUUUAUUCUCAUAAAUGUGAUAACUAAUUGUACUAGUGAUUAUGAAACAAUACGUUAUUAAAAUGUAAAAUUCGGCAAACACAGUCAUAUUAUAUGUGGGCUGUGGUUAAAAAAUUAUUAUAUCGCUCUUGCGAUUUUAUCAUCUCAUUGUAGACGUUGUAUAAUUAUUAGAAGCAAAGAAAUUAUUUAAAAAAAUUUGAAGUUUUAUUUUUAAAAAAUUUUAAGCCAAAAAAUUAAGUUUUUUUUUAAAUAAAAUAUAUUUUAUAAAAUAUUCGUAAAACCUUGCUUUGUGGCACUUAUUUGUGUGUAAAAUCUACGAAAAAUCAUUAAUUUGUUUUCUUUUAUAAAUAAAAAUAUCUUUCAUAACACUAGUUGUUAGUAAUUCACGAUCCCCUUGUUAUUCCACAGACGCAUCCUUUUUUCCCUCUUCAGUAAAUCGAAAAUUACGUUCAUUCUGUGUACAC